AUGACAGACAAUAAAGAUGUUAACAAUACGGAAACUAAUGCUAAUAGCGCAUCUGGAGAUGGCAUUGAUGAACUCGUUAAUAUUGUUAAUAAUCAUCUUAAUCCCGUUAGUUCGACACCCUCAACCGUCAAUACAACAAGUGGUUCGGCACGUACACAUAGUCCACCAUUAAUGGGCACAUCGGCUCGUGCAGCUAAACGUCGAGUUGAUAAUGAUAUUACACCAGUGCGUAUUGAGGGUACAGAUACGUAUAAUCAACAAUUACAACAUCAUUAUCAAAAUGUUCGACAAAUUUUAGAAGAUCAACAAAAACAAGCACAACCAACACCAACUGUUGAAGCAGCACCAGAAACUCGACAUUCUUUUAGUUCUAAACGAGAUUAUUUCGAACAACGUUUCAAAACUCCACCACCUACAUAUGAUGCUCCACCAUCUCGACCACAACAACAACCACAAAAAAUAAUUACAACAAUUACAACAACAACUACAUCAUCAGCACCAUCAUCAUCAAUUGCACAUGAUCGAACAAGUUCAUCAUCAAAUGAAUCACCAUCUGUUGAUCGUGUUCUUGAACAAGCAGUUGAAUUACAAAAAAUGAGUAAUAUUAAUUCUACUAAACAUGAUUCUAUAACACCACUUAUUGUGGAACGUACAGAAGAAUAUCAAGUUUUUCUAAAUUCUGUCAAUCAUGAAGUUCGUCGUACACCAAGUAUAGCACGUACAACUAUUGUUUCUCCUACUAAAACUGGUCAUGCAACAGAUCUUGAUCAAGCGCAAGCACAAGUUGAACAUACAACGGAUGAUCAUCAAGCUAUACAAAAUUUGACUCGUGCACUUCAAGAACAUAAUGUAACAACAAUUAAUGAAUAUAAGCGUUUACCAUCAUCUAAUCCAUCGUCGCCAACGACAUUACCAUCAACAGUUUUUUUCGAUCGUACUAAUUUACCUGUAAUAUCAAAUGAAUUUUCAGUUAUUGAUGCAUUACUUAAUAAUCCUAUAGGAACAAAUGAUGCUCAAUAUAAUAGUCUAUUGAGUAUACGCUACAAUGAUAUAAUGACAAAUUUACGAAAUCCAGAAUAUUUAAAUUCAUUGAAACAACCACCAAAACCGACUAAACAAUCGAAAAAACAACCAAAAGAAAAAAAAGUAAAAGAAAAAAAACCAAAAGAAAAGAAAUCAAAGACGACAACGCCAUCGACGACAGAUACUGUUGAACAUGCUGCUAUAACACCUCUUAUACAUACUUCCGAGCAAUUACAAAGUCAAAUAACAGAACAACCACUUACCACUAAUGCUACUACUACUACUACCACUACUACUGAUACUACUACUACCCCUGUUGCGUCAUCAGAACAAACUCCAUUAAUUGAUCCAAAAGAAAAGAAAAAAAAAGAUAAAGAAAAUAAAAAACAAAUUAAAACUAAGUCGAAACAAAAAUCUAAAAAUGGAGAUUAUGAAGUCCUCGAUGCUAUCAUCGGUAGUCCUGUAUCUAUUCAUCUUCCAGAUUCUUAUCUGGUCAAGUAUAAUGUCAGUGCACCAUUAUCGCAAUCAUCACCUUCUCAACCUAUUCCAUCAUCAAUACCAUCUGUAACAACAACAGUAGCACCCGCGCCAGCACCAGCAACAACAAUAACAUCAAAAAAUGAGAAUAUUCCUGUACCUGAAAAAAAUCAAACACUACAUCAUCUUGUAAAAAUUGUUCAUGAACUUCAAUUACAUAAUGCAAGCGCUUUAUUAGCUUCACUUAAUACAACAUCAUCAUCAUCGUCAUCAUCAAAAGCAAAUACAAUAAGAGAAACAAAAGAACCAGUAAUUGCAACUAAAGCAACAGUACCUGUUAUAAAUGAAGCUGUUCUACAAAAACCUUCAUUUGAACAACAAAAACGUCCAAUACUCCAACAAACUCAACCAGAACUACGUCCACAAACUGAAGUAGUAAAACCUCGUAUUAUCUAUCGAUAUAUUGAUGAAUAUGGUCGUGUACUUAAAAUAUCAUCAACUCCACCAUCACAAUUACGUGAACAACCCUCACAACAACAAUAUUCAUAUCGUAAUACAGAACCAGCCUAUUUACAUGGUAGAUAUAUUGCUGUUGAUGAUGAACGUCGUCAUCCAUUACAAUCAUAUGAACAGCGUGCAACAUGGCAAGGUGAACCAAAAUUACCCACGACUGUAACACGUGAAGAUUUUGAAUUACGAGAUAAACGUGUACCACAAUUAAGUGAACAAUCAAUGCCAACUUCACGAACAGUACCUGUUUCCGUUGAUCAAGAUCAUUCAUCAAAAUCUACUUCGUCACAACAUCAACAUCGUACAUACCAUUAUCCAAAUCAACAAAAUGUUAAAUUAGCAUGGCUACCACUUUCUUAUCAAAAUGAACCACCUUAUGCACCAACUGGUGGUAUUGGUUAUGAUACAGAUUCAACAAUUAGUGAACGUUCAGCUAGAUAUCGACCAUAUGAUUAUGCACCUAAUGAGGGUUCGUAUCAUUACGCUCAUCGACCAUCACAUUCGGAUUACUAUUAUCAUCGUCCAUCAGGUCCAUCCUAUUAUCCACCUCCACCACCGUUACCUUACGGUGGUCGUGGCAUAUCUCCUGAAUAUGGUGGUGCACCACGAAAUUAUAUUGAAGUAUUUCGUGGUGGUGAUUUUCGUGAAACAAAACCAAGUGAAGUAUAUUCAUUACCAUUAAAUGAACAUAUUCGAACAUCACCUAUUUCCUCAGCAAAUAAUCGUCAUUCACGUUAUGAUCAAUAUCAAUCCGAAAGAUAUGGUUCAAUGUCACAUCGUCAUCAUAAUAAUAAUAAUAAUAUGCCAUCAUCACAAUAUAGUUAUAAUUCAAAUACAUUACCCCAUUCACGAUAUCAAAAUAACAUUCCAUCAUCAACUGUACAUACAUCAUCAUCUUAUUAUUCACAUCGUAGUCCAUAUCAACAUCGUACAGUUCAAAGUAGUCCGAAUCCUGAUUAUCCGAAUUAUGUACGACAAUCGAAAUCAUUUGAUUAUCGUCCAUUACGUACAAAACUUCAACGUGAAUAUAAAAUCACACCUAAUUUACUUGUUGAUGAAUGGGAUUAUCCACAAACAACUGAAAAAACGAAAUAUUCAACAACAACAGUAUCAAAUACAAAUCGUAGUGGUGUUUCAUCACCGGAUGAUGUUUUUAUCAGUAAUCGAACAAAUGAGGCAUAA